UUCUAACUGAUUAGGGCGGCGUUAGCGCCACUUAUCUGCUUCCUGUUUUUCACUACAUCCUUCAAGCUCGGAGGAGCUGCUGGGUGGGGCUCUGCAGCAAAAUUCACUUGAUUAUUCUGGAAGGUGGAUGUGGAGAAGUUUGCUGUCUAAUUUUAACGUCCCUCUCAUCAGUGAAACAGCUCCUUUAUUUCAGGGUCGAUUCUGCUGGAGAAAGACGGGAACUCAUGGAGCGCUAACAGCUGAUGGCCGGUGUGAGAAAUGGGAGCAGGAUCAUCUCUGAACACAAACACCUCAGAGAAAUGAAAGCAAAACGGAGCUCUCCGAGGUUGGUUUUCUGAAGCAGAACCGACUGAAUAUCUCAGCAAUGGGUUUCCAGCAACCUUGCCUGCGAAAGCAGAAACAGCUGGUGAACCUCAUCCUCCUGUUGGUUGCCGUGUUCAUAACGCUCAAGAUGGCGGAAAGAUGUUUAAAGGAGGUGAGCUGGAUACCCAUCCCAGCUAGAAAACUGGGCAGCACAGUAACACAACUCCAGUCCUGGAUACAGAAUGUUACACAUAAAGCUCGAACAAAAGGUGCAACUUCAUUUAUUACAGUCAACAUGACGAAGACGCUGCUGCUAUCGGCUUAUCUAGAACACCGCACAAACCCACGGCAGGUUCGGGUUAUCGCAGUGGUGCUGCGUGAAGAGACGGUCAGCUACCGCUGCGUCUUACUCUGCCGCAACAACCAGAACCACGUCUCAGACGCCGACCUGCAGAUCCACAGCGACCACUUCGGCUUCCGCUACGGCACCGCCGACAUCAUGUGUCUCAUACCAUCAAGCUGUGGCACGCCGUCGCACGUCGCCGUGGCCUCCACGGCAUUUAAAGAGGAACAUCAGCCUGAAUUUUUGGAGGUGAAGAAUGAAAACAAAAAGACGGAAUCCUUUAAUCACACCUUCACCGUCUGUCUGUCCACCAUGUUCGACUUCAACAAUGUGCUGCAGUUUGUGCAGAGUUUAGAAAUGUUUCGGUUUCUGGGAGUGAGCAAAGUGUUUGUCUAUAAAACCAGCUGCAGCGCUAAAACGCAACGCGUACUGAACUACUACACCAGAAAAGGUAUCUUGGAGGUGAUUCCUUGGUCCAUGUCCGGCUUCCUGAAUGUCUCUCGCGGAUGGCUGCCCUCCCACGGCCCCGGUGACCUCCACUACUUUGGGCAGAUCGCUGCGCUCAACGACUGCCUCUACCGGAACAUGUACCGGUCCAAAUACGUGGCUCUGCACGACAUGGACGAACUCAUCCUGCCCCAGACGGUCAAAACCUGGACGGAGCUGCUGCCUCUGCUGGAAAGUAAGUACACCCAAAACAAAUGCUACAUGUUUGAAAACAACGUGUUCCCCAACAACGUGACGCUGCCUCGGGGCGGCACCGAGCCGGCCCGCUGGAGGGGCGUCCCGGGCGUGGACGUCCUGGCCCACCUCCACCAGGAGCCCGUCUCCAAAGAUCAUGUUUACGAAAAGUUCAAGAUCAUCGUCAACCCUCGACUCGUCACCUCUGUCUCUGUUCACGGCGUGCUCAAGUCCCACAGCAUGGACGGCUGCGCCUGGGUGGACCGGAACAUCGCGCGGAUGUACCACACCAGAUCUCAGAUGCAAACCGAACUGACUUGGGACCAGCUGGUUUAUGACGGCAGGCUGCUGAGCUACAGCGAAACGCUCAUCCAGGCUGUAAACGUCACGCUCAGAGAGAGCGGGAUUCUCUGACAGCCCGACUCAACGGACUGCUGCAUGAACAUCCGUCAGAAGACACUGAUCAGAAACGGGACAAUUAAAUAAAUAUAUGUUUGAAA